UUAUUAUGAUACAGUUGUUUUGUUGUCGGCCAUUCUUUUGCUAACACACUCUUCCAUUUUUGUUCCGAUAUCGUUCAUAACCACGAGACAAGGAAAUAUUCAUAACCACGAAAUAAAAUUCGUUUCGAUUCAAUCGAAGAUCCCAUUGCAGAUUAGCAAAAUGUUGGGGAAAAACGUAGGCCUAGUAUUGACAUUUUGCUUCUAUUAUAUUGCUUUUUCAAAACAAGACGGGACAUGCAGAAUUCAAUCAUUGAAAUCUAUUCCAAGUCAACUGACCUUCAAAUACCAAACGAGCUCCGUUAACAACUCUUUGGAUUUAAAAUCGUGCGGCCCACCUGGAACUCCUGACAUAAUAUAUAAAGUGAAACCUGAUAAGGUCACAGCAAAGACCCGUUCUAUAGACAUAGAGCUUAAGGCUAUGCUACUAGCUAAUAUUACCGAUGGUGGUUUUCUUGAUGCUUCUUUGUUACUUGGGAAUGGUGACCAACCAAUAAGAUUUUUCACUGCUUUUGACUGCGGCAUGCUGCAUGAUGACGACGACAUUAAGUGCCCUCUGCCAUUAAGUAAGAAAGAAUGGUUGUAUCUAAAGGCAGUUUGUGAUACCAGAUUUUACUUGCCGAGCGUAAGUGGUAAGGUAAACGUGAAGCUAACGAACUACAAAGCAGAAGAACUGAUUUGCAUUGAAGGCCAAAUUCGUACAUUCUAACUAACAAGUAGGGCCUGACACGUCAGCCAGGUUAAACAAAUCAUGUCGUGUUUACAGUUAGAAAACUCAAGUACCCCAUGUAAUCUUUUACCUUGAAGAAUUGCCUAUUAUGUGUAGUACUUAGUAGCUGCUUUUACGCGAAUGUAGACAUAAAUGAAUACAUAGCAAAUAAGAUCGUUUCUAGGAAGAGAUCAUGGCUGAUGUUUAAUUAUGUACUACUUAUACAGAAAGUAUGAUUUCGUCGCUGAUAUAUAUGGAGAGCUUUUCUAUCAAUGGUGAUACGAUAAAGCAGGAACAUUUUUUUUACUAUAACGUACGUGAACAGUGAACAUAACUGAAGAAGGAUAUAAUAUAAAUAUUAAAGAAUAAAUGAAUAUGUUCAUGUUAAUUUUGUGCUUGCUGAAGUAUAAUUUCUAAAUAUAGAGGGCUUGAUUUACAAUAUUAUAAAAUUUAAAGAAUAAACUACUGUUGCUGUUCA